AUGGGGAAAUGCUUACAAAGGCUGAAUACCCGGAACACAGAAGAUAUUGGGGAUCUCCUGCUCAGAGGAUCACCGAGUGGUUCGCCCAAGAUGGCGGCAUUGGCUGCAAAGUCUUUCUUGGAGGGAAAGUUUCCCUUAGAUGCUUUAGACGAGCUACCCACAACGGGUGGGGAGGCCGAUACUUUAGCCACCAAGAGUGAUAUCAACUCCCUAUCGAAGGAAAUACGUUCACUGUUCCAUGCUUACCCAGCGAUAAAUCGUGAGGAUAUCCACUACCUUACUGACAGAAUCAGGGUGACUGAGGAGGAGGCCAUUGAGAUCAAGACCAAACAGGUCACACUGAAAGAGUUCAUCGCCAGGAUGACAUGGACCCAGGAGGGUAUAGAGGCAAAAUUGGCAGAGCAGGAUGACAAGAGUCAGCACAACAAAGUCAAAAUUUGCGGUGUCCCAGAAGAAGUGGAUGCGACUGGGCUACCUUAA